AUGAUGAAGCGGAGGCUAUUGACCAUAGUGUUCUUGGCGAUACUCGUUAUUGGAGUAACACUGACGGUCGUCCUCACAGUAGUAUUGACGAAGCCGAAAGGAAACAAAAGUGAAGGAGAAACCGUUUUGUACUUUGCCUUUUACGUCGGAAAUGACGGCAGCCCUUCCGUCAGAAGUUUGCGACAAAGACGAGACGUCAGCGGGGACUGUAGUUUGAACACGGACAUCGACAACACCCGAGACACUAUUAACGCACUAAAAGAUGAAGACCAACAGUACAGUUACAUCUUAUACACGGGUACCUCUCGAACUAUAGGUCCUUUCAAAGCGCUGGAUGCAGUGUCAAAUUUGGCUUCAGUAACAGAGGAUCGGAACAAUUACGAAUUAAAGCAAUCUUCAGCAAUGAAUGAAUUCAUACAAAACACACAAGGACAUCCUGACGAUAAGCUUGUCUACUACGUGCCGUGCGACGUUGAAAACAGGAGUGACCCGGCUGAUCAGGCGGAGUUCGUCAAGUUAAUGAAGACUGCCGGCAUUGACAACAAAGUCCUUGUUGCCUCUUCCACGCUUAAUGCUUCUACUGUUGCUUCAAUGUACGAUUUGGAUGAGAACAAUGUUUUCGGUACAGACUCACAAGGUAGUCUCGUGAACAAAACGACCGGUUUUGGGACGAAGGAUGAGAAAAAGACUACCGCCGUUCGUACUACGCUAAAAACUACUUCCUCCGCAAGUACUAGAACGACUUCCCCAACGACAAAGCACAUCACCACAACCACUCCCACAACGACAUCAACUCCAAGCACGUCUCAACAAACCACUGUGCGCACAGUUGCUCCACUCACGAGUUCUACUCCUGAAACUUUUACUACAUCGAAAACAAUUGUCACUACGAAACCACCUGCGCCCUCAUCAGGCGCAAGCUCUACAACUUGGGAAUCCACUUCCACUUCAGGUGGCGGUACAACAAUCGCGAGCGGAACAAGUCCAACAUCCAAAGCUAGCACGGCUCCAACGGCGCCGGGUUCCACUUCUGAAACUAGCAGAAUACCUACGACGCAUGCGUCAGGGUCAUCCGCCGCUACCAGUACGGUUUCUUCUUCUUCUACUGCUGCUAGCAUGAGUACCAUCGAUACUGAACAAACUACGCUAGCUCCAACGACAGCUUCAACAUCCACGAGUAGUAGUUUGGCCCAAUCGACUGCGCACGUCACGUCUCCCUCACCAUCCGCAUCGUCUUCGCCUCAAACUACGCCUGCUCUAGCUACAAGUGGGACGACUUCAACAACCCAAGCUAGCACUUCGAAUGCACCCUCUAGUGCAGGAACCACGUCCAAUCAGCCACAAAGCACGUCUUCCUUAGCUCCCACUAAUGAGAUAAGUACGAUUAAUGGCAUUGUGAGUUCGGAAUCUCCCACCACGCAUGUAAAGACACCAACAGUAGCUAGCACUACUCCUCCGCCUACAACUUCCCAAUUCUUCUCAACAAGCACUAGUGAGAUUACAACUACCGACACCGGUCACAAAGCGAGUACUCUUAUAACGUCGGAGCUUACGACAGGCCCAGAGACUAGCACUAAGUUACCAACAACUUCAUUUGCUGCUACCACAAGUGAACCAGCGACGACAGCUGAGCCCUCUUCAGCAACAAGCAGCCAAGCAACAACCUCCUAUUCUGGAACGGCAACACGAAGUACUACUGAGCAGUCAACUACCAACAGUUACGAAGGUUCGACUGCAGCGUCCACAAAUCCUGCUACACAGUCAACAGCUUCUAAUGGAACGUCUACCACAUCACCAAAUGCUGUGACAUCAGAGUCUACAUCAAGCGGUAAUGGAGGUACUUCUGAAAGUUCGACUAUCACAGGUAUGUCGCCGACAGUACCCAACACAUCUGAAGUGACGAACACUCAAGCAUCAAUGUUUUCUACACCUUCGAUGUCAGGAACAUCAGUAACGACAAGUGAACAGUCGAGCGUUAGUGGCUACGGAAGUUCGACUACGGGAUCAUUUAACUCCUCUUCUACGGAGUCAUCAGGAGCUACUGCCUCGUCUGAUACUAUUACAGGUGGAACACAGAUGACCGAAUCAACAGUGUCUAUCGUCGCGGAAGGAUCUACACAAAGCUCUGUUUCCGCUGUUUCGGUCAUAUCUACAUCUGGAGAAUCAGCGCUGACUACUUCUUAUAACUCAGCUUCGACUGUAUCGAGUACGAGUGGAGGAUCAAAUGGUACUGCCGCUCCUGAAACAACAACUGUCGCAGGUGACCUGUCCACAGCAUCUGGAGCUUCUGGAGCGACAAACGCCCAAACUUCAGCUGAAUCUAGGUCGUCAGCUUCAGGAACAUCAGUAACAUUCACUAAACAAUCAACCACUAGUGGUUAUGAAGCUUCGACAACUGGAAUGUCAAUGGGUACGGUGACAGAGUCGUCUGAUGCUACACAAUCGCCUGUCACAGUUGAAACCGCCACUUCCACAACUGGAGAAUCCACGUCAAUCAGUCCCUAUAAUUCAAGUUCGGCCAUAUCGACUACGUCUGUUCCAAGUGAAAAUUCAAGUCUUAGCUCAACUUUCACAGCCGCAACCUCCACAACUGGUGAGUCAUCGACGGUUGAGGUGUCGUCAUCUGCCAUUCCUGAAACAUCAACCAGUUAUUACACUGAUGGAUCAUCAACUUCGCAGAAGAAGGAAGAUCCAGACGAAUAA